AAAAAUCGAAAGAGUGGCCAAUCCACACAACAGCAGUAGCCUCAUCUAAUCCAAAACAAAAUCCAAUGCCUCUCGUUCUCCGGCCGCCGACUUCAACCUUCUCUUUCCUCUCUCCCGCCGCUAAACCCACCACCACCCACCGUUUCUUUACCAUUCCCCGUGCCUCCACCCAACUCGUCCCCGACCCUCCGUCCGUCAUCAAAACAGCUCCGGUCAUCGUAAUCGGCGCCGGUCUCUCGGGUCUCGCCGCCGCCACCCGUCUCAAAUCGGAUAACAUCCCUUUCCUCCUCUUGGAAGCCUCCGAUGGCGUUGGUGGUCGCGUUCGAACCGAUGUCGUCGAUGGCUUUCUCUUAGACCGUGGCUUCCAAAUCUUCAUCACUGCCUACCCAGAAGCUCGAAAGGUAUUAAAUUACAGUGGUUUGAAUCUCCAGAAGUUUUACUCUGGUGCCAGAGUUUACUACGGCGGUGAAUUCCACACCGUCGCCGACCCUUUGCGCCAUUUCUCGGACUCCGUUUUGUCACUGGGGAACCCCAUCGGGUCUGUUUUUGAUAAGCUGCUUAUCGCUUUGACGAGGGCUCGGGUUUUGAGUAAAUCCGACGAGGAAAUUUUGAAAGCCGAUGAAGUUCCGACGAUUCAAUUGUUGAAGAGUAUUGGGUUCUCCGAUUCGAUGAUCGGAAGGUUUUUUAGACCCUUUUUUGGUGGGAUCUUUUUCGACCCGGAGCUCGAAACUACUUCGAGACUCUUCGAUUUCGUAUUCAAAGUUCUCGCUCUCGGCGACAAUACCCUUCCGGCGAACGGAAUCGGCGAGAUUUCAAACCAAUUGGCGGCGAAACUGCCGUCCGAUUCGAUUAUAUUGAACACCAAAGUGGUCUCCGUUGAUUUUACCGACUCGAAUUCGCCGUCAGUGACAUUAGAGAGCGGCGAAAUCGUCAAGAGCGAGCUAGGGGUGAUAAUGGCGGUUGAAGAACCGGCACUUGAUAAGAUUUUGGCGGGAAGGACGACGUCGGUUCAGAAUAAAAAACUGGCCCGAAGUACGGUUUGCUUGUAUUUUUCAUUGGAUCGGGAUCAAAUUCCGGUUCGAGACCCGGUCCUGUUUCUCAACGGUUCGAGUGAAGGGAUCAUCAAUAACAUGUUUUUCGUUACGAAUGUGGCUCCAUCCUAUGGCCCUUCGAACAAAGCGUUGGCAUCGGUAUCGUUGAUCGGGUCGUACGAGAACAAAUCGAAUGAUGAUCUAAGAACCAAGGUUAUCAAGGAGCUUUCGGGCUGGUUCGGAGCUUCAAAAGUCGAGUUAUGGCAGCAUUUGAGAACAUAUCGAAUCGGUUUCGCCCAACCGAACCAAUCCCCGCCGACGGACUUGAUGAAGAAUCCUAAUAUCGGGCCGAGCUUGUAUUUGUGUGGUGAUUAUGUGACUUCAGCUACCUUCGACGGAGCCCUGGUUUCCGGUCGAAGAGCGGCUGAAGCUUUGUUGAAAGACCGAGCGUUGGCUCCGGUUUAAAACCCAUUGUAGAUUCCGG